AUGGACACGUCUCCUUUGAGCCUUAGCCAGAUUUCUCGGUGUGGACUGUAGUGGAGAUUUUUGGAGGCUGAGAUAGUGGGACGUACGUUAUUUUUUGGAGGAGAACGGACGGAGAGGCCACGUUUGGAAGUUCCCCUUACGCAUCGUCGGAUUUUACUACAGGUUGACGGGUCACCAUGACAACAGAAGCAGGCUCUGAGACAGAGGUGAAGGAGAAAGCAGAGGAGUCAGCUGCUCAGCCGGACCAAUCGGAGAAGACGACAGAAGAGACCCAGGAAGUCGCCAACGCUGAGGGAGAGGAGAAGGAAAAAGAGAAGGAGAAGGAGAAAGAGGGCAAAGGAAUCUCUCGAUACCUGCCGACAUGGCUUAAGAAGCAGAAGUCUCAAAGCCAGACCUCUCCGACCAAGGAGGUCCCAUCCACAGAGGAGGAAUUAAGCCAGGUGACAAAGGAAGAGGAGGCGCCUGCCCCAGAAGUGAACGGCCACGCAGAGGAAGUGGAAGAGAAGGAGGAGGUCAAGUCGGAGCAAGUGAAGGAAAAAGAAGCAGAAUCUCAUUCCAACGCCAGUGCUGACACCGAGCCUGCCAAGGAAGAGAAGGUGAAAGAGAGCGCCGAGAAAAGUCUCGAAGGGACAAAAUCGACAGCCGAGGGCGAAGGAGCGGAGGAGCAGCAGAAGGAGAAAGAGCAGGGAGGAGGAGAGGCAGGGGAGGAAGCGGAGGGAGGAGAAGGCCAAACCUCCAUUUUCCAGUCUCCCCUCCGUUUAGUGAGGAAGACCAAGAUGAAGCUGGUGGUGUGUCACGUGACCCUCCUGGACGGGACAGACUUCACCUGUGAGGUGGAGAAACGUGCAAAGGGCCAGUACUUAUUCUUUAAGGUGUGUGAGCAUCUUAAUCUGAUGGAAAAAGACUACUUCGGUCUGACAUACGUGGACAACCAUGAACAGAAGUGUUGGUUGGAUCCCACUAAGGAAAUCAAAAGACAGAUACGCAGUAACAACUGGCAGUUUGCAUUCAACGUCAAGUUCUACCCUCCUGACCCCUCACUGCUCACUGAAGACAUAACUAGGUACCUGUUGUGUCUGCAGCUCCGCGAAGAUGUGGCGUCCGGUCGACUGCCUUGCUCGUUCGUCACUCACGCUCUGCUGGGGUCGUACACGUUGCAGGCAGAAUUCGGUGACUAUGAACCCGAUCAGCCCCGGCCUCUGGACUACAUCAGUCAGGUGACUUUUGCGCCCAAUCAGAACAAAGAGAUGGAGGAGAAGAUUCUCGAGCUCCACAAGUCCCACAGGGGGUUGACACCAGCGCAGGCCGACACCCAGUUUCUAGAAAACGCCAAGAAAUUGUCCAUGUAUGGCGUUGACUUGCACCAUGCUAAGGAUUCUGAAGGUGUGGACAUCAUGCUAGGUGUGUGUGCCAACGGCCUCUUGGUCUACAAAGACAGACUCCGGAUAAACCGUUUCGCUUGGCCCAAAAUACUCAAGAUUUCAUACAAGAGGAACAACUUCUACAUUAAGAUCAGACCAGGAGAGACGGAGCAGUUCGAGAGCUCCGUGGGAUUCAAACUCCAGAAUCAUCGAUCUGCCAAAAGGCUGUGGAAAGUCUGUGUGGAGAAUCACAGUUUCUUCAGGUUAAACGCACCAGAACCUCCAACCAAGGCCCGCUUCUUGACUCUGGGCUCCAAGUUCCGUUACAGCGGACGAACCCAGGCCCAGACCCGCCUGGCCAGCACCCUCAUCGACCGACCCGCACCCAGCUUUGAACGCACCUCAUCCAAACGCAUCAGCCGCAGUCUAGAUGGAGCGCCAAUGAUCAGCAUAACAGAGGCCGGCAGGGACACAGCUGAGAACGGACGUGAGCCCCACCUGGAGCUCCACUCUGACUCUAAGGUUAAGGAGGUGGACUUAAGCCCUGGCGAUGCGGAAACCACGCCCUCCCAGUCACUUGGAGCCAGUGAUGUUGCCCUCUCUCAGGACCAUGAUAAGACCCAAGAAGAGGUUCUGAAACACCAAGCUAGCAUUAGCGAGCUAAAACGCUCCUUUAUGGAGGCGCCACCUCCCUCUCCUCCUCAGCCCAACCAGUGGGAGAAACGUCUCACCUCCUCUCCCGCUACAACGAUACGUGUUCAACAGCAACAGCAAGUGGUGAGUGUGACCCAAACGGAAGCAGCUCCUGCUGCUGCUGCUGCUGCUGCUGCUAACACGAACACUGACACCAAAGAACCUGAAAAGACAACCGAAGUUGAAAUCGAAGAAACCGUUGUCGUCCAAGAAGUUUCCAAAGCAACCAAAGCCAGACUUGUCACAGUCACUCCCAGCUCCCCUGCUGAGCCGUCUGCAGAGCAGGAAACGAGAGAGCAGACAGUGAAAGUCGAAGAGGAAGCAGUUGCGGAGGAGGAAGCGAAAGCGAGGAAACAGGAGAGCGUUUCCUCCGAGAGCGAGAGCGAGGACGAAGCGGAGUAUCACCCGAAUGUCUCCGUGUCCAUCUCUCAUACGCAAAUACCGGAGGAGAAGGAAGAGGAAGAAGAGCAGGAGAAGAGAGAGGAGGAUAAGACGGCGGAGCACGACAUGCCUGACUGUCCUGACUCUUCCUCUGUUCCCGCCGAAGUCAGCCAGCCCGCAGAAGCAGCCAGUCGAGAGGGAGAGGAGUCCAGGACGGAGGAAGCAGAACCGGAGAAGACGAAGAAGAACGCAGAGGAGGAGAAGGAAGGCGAGACCGAGGAGAGCACAGACGAUCCCAUGCUGACACCCGAAGAAUCUCCCAACGGACUCACCCUGCCCGAGGAGGGCGUGAGCGGGCUGGUCGCUCCUGCAGAGGAAGAGGAGGAGCCUAAAGUGAACGGAGAAGCCUCACUGGUUGAAGCAGAACCGCGGCCACAGGUUAUUUGUUGCUCUGAGCCACCUGUGGUAAAGACAGAAAUGGUGACUAUAUCAGACACGUUUGCAGCCCAGAAAACUGAGAUAGCCACAAAAGAAGUGCCCAUCGUACAUACGGAAACCAAGACCAUCACAUACGAAGCUGCACAGUUGGAUGGGAAUGGCGAUGGUGAACCUGGAGUGUUGAUGACUGCUCAGACAAUCACCUCUGAAUCUCUGUGUACUACUACAACCACACACAUUACCAAGACAUUAAAGGGUGGCCUAUCAGAGACGAGGAUUGAGAAACGCAUCGUCAUUACAGGCGACUGUGACAUCGACCACGACCAGGCACUGGCCCAGGCCAUAAAGGAGGCCAAAGAGCAACAUCCUGACAUGUCUGUUACCAGAGUGGUGGUUCAUAAAGAAACUGAACUGGCUGAGGAGGAGGAUUGACAGAACUCAGAGUUGAAGGGCCCAUCGUGACUGUUUUCUCCAUUGACGUUGAACGACCUUCAUCACCCUACGACAACCAACCUUGACUGACUGAAGAAGAAGAAGAAGAAGAAGAAGAGCUAGAGAGCAGGAGGAUAAGAGGAGGGUUUAGACAAACGGAGAGAAGUUGCCAAUCUCUUCCUAGUCAGUCUAUCUUACAUGUCUGUGGUGCAUCUAAAUCCCUCACUCCGAAACCAAGAAAAAGAAAAAUAAUAACCUCACUCUUACUGAGGGAACAAAUGAACCACUUUGUUAGCUUAACAUUUGUAGCGUGUUUUUAUUUUUUAAUAGUGCUUUUAUUUUUUUUUUCUUUAACUGUUUUGUUUUACAAAAAAGAGAGAGAAGAUAGUGUGUCUGUCAUGUUCUGCAAAGAUAAAACCUGUAGGGAUGCACCGAUAACCGAUCCUGAUGAGAUUCAAGGCUGAAAUAAGGGGUCGGGGAAAAAUGAUUAUUUUAAUCAUCGUACUGAUUAUUUCCUUCAAAGUCAAAUCAGGUUUUUGCUUUUUUUUUUUCAUACGUUAAAGAAGCUUUCAUCUUCUUCAAUUUUGUUAAAAACAAACAAAUUUGACAAUGAAGUUUUGUACUUGGAAUCUAUAUCAGCAGUGGAAAAGUGGUAUUGGUGCAUUCCUAAAUUAAAAAAAAAAGUUAUUUGUUAAAUUACAGCUCCCUCCUGAAUUCAUUAACUAAAUAUAACAGUUAAUUUCAAAAUUCCUACCGUUACAAGUAGGACUAUAGUUCACACUGUUUUUUUUUUGUCUUUGAAAAUGGUCUUUUUUUUUUAGUAUUUUUUCAAAGUGUAACAAAAUCCAACAGUCUCACUCAUUGAAACACAUUCAGACUAACAGUGAAACCAGUCGUGUUAUCACAUUUUUCUUAUUAAUUACCAGAAGACUGUAAUUACAGAAAAUAGGGAGCUGUAACUUAAAAUAUUGCAGUAAAAACCAAUCAACCAGGUUUUUGAAUUUUUAUGAUUCUGUCUUUUUUUUUUUUUUCUGUAAGUAUAGUUAUUAUUCAUCCACAUUCCUUGUGUGUUGACGCGUGUUUGAGUCAGUUUGUUUUCAGUUGAAUUCACUUUUAGCUCAACUCUUGAGUAGAGAAGAUGUUUUAUCGUUUAGGUGGGAAUAGAAGGAAUCUUAAUUGGGUUGGUGGGUUUCACAUAGUUAUGCGUGAGAAGCCGAAUUCAUUGUGACAUGAUGAAAUUUUACUUUUAUUUUUUUGUGAAUGGAAAUGAAUUUAAACUGAAAAUGAACUGACUUUAAAGCUGGCGUAUACAACUUUCUGUACAGUAAACAAAACAAAACAAAAAUGAAGGUUAUUAGAUGGGAGCAGCUUUUCGUUAGCUACGCGCUGUCCCUCGGCCCGCCCACUGUACGACACUAACCAUUCCUAUUGGGCUGCAGGGAAGCAAUUUCUGAUUGGGAGAGAGGACCAGUAAACUGAAGGAUUAUUGGGAGAUAGAGGUGGCGCUUCGCAACGCCAACUAACAACAAUUAGCUGGGAGCAAAAAAAGAAUUUUGAACAUUGAUGCAGGUUGGGCUUUUUUUAUGGCAAGGGCAAGCUUCCGUCAUGUUAUUUGGCAUCCUGCAAUUAACUGAAGCAGUUUUAAUAGUCUUUUGACAAUAUUUAAGCACAAUGUGAGAGUUUUGUGCUACAAGCUACACAGGUACCAAAACGACUAGUAAAUAACAGAACAGUCUCACAUUCUGACUGAUUUCUGGUUUGCUGUCACUGUCCGUCAGAGCCCGUUCGUCGCCAUAGUUCAGCACUUAAUUUCACUCUCAACUUCAUUUCAUGUGAGACCAGAUAAUAACAACCAAACUCUCUUAAGUACGAGGAGGUCUUGCAUUAAAUUCAGCACGUCCUCAUACGCAUUUUUAUUGUACAAGAGUAUCUCGAGCAAGUCUGAAUAGAAGGCUACUGUGUUAAUUGGUUUUGAGGGUGUGUAGAUAACAGAUUAUCUCGUACAGCGUGUCUAGAUAAGAUUAUCUUCGACAUGAGGCUGGCUGUGUUUUAACUGUUUCACCACAACCAAAUAUUCUGCAGCAUCAAUGUGAUUUCAUCAGUGCACCACAAAAAAAAACCCACUCUAAAUCAGUCAGUACACUAUUAUUAGUACACAUGGAAACAGUUACAACAUAACCGUAAACAUGCAGCCCAAAGGGAAGUGCUCUUGAAACCCCCUAAAAUGGAAAUCACAUGAUGUUUCAUUCAUUUUGUGUAAAUAAUUGUGGCAAGAAAUGCGUUUCGAACAAGGUCUGCUUUGGUCUUAACACAUUUAGUUGACAGGUUUUCAGUGUGAGCAGCGAAAAACAAACAAAAAAAGAACACACUUUCCAGAAUCCGACUGAUUAUCAAAAAGCAAGUGCCACAGAUAAAUGUGAAAAACAUUCCACUUUGACGCGCCUAGAUUUGUCCACAUCCUCCUCUCUUGACUGGACAUGAUUUGAAUUGGAAUCAACAGAAUAAUAACUAAUCUGUUUUUAACACGCUUUUUUUCACAUUUGAAAUUCUAAAAAGCUAAAUACAAUGAACAAUUUUAACAGGAUAUGUGAUUUUUUCUGUAACACCCAGGGAGCAUCAGUAUGUAUCUCUUAAUUUGACCCUAUUUUAAAGUUUUUGUCCGGCUGAUGGAGCGGUAAUGACUGUCUAGGCCGUCUGUUGGGAAACACUGGUCUGACCUCUACUAUGCAGUUAAAUGACAUUCCAGAUGAGGGUGAAGCUUUAACCUCUUAACCCUCUUGCAAAGAGACAAAGCAGCAGAAAAACAAUGGAAAAAAAAAAAACAAAACAAAAAGAAACACUAGGCAGCUUUGGAAGCUUUCGCUGUUCCAAAAAAAAAAAAAAGAAGAAAGAAGUCUUUUAAAAAAGCAUCGGCUCUAUCACAACUGUAUUUGUAGCUUGCAUUUCUCAUCAUUUGUCGUAUUUUCUCUGUGAAACUGAUCUAGUUGUUGAAAGACAGGAUUUAUUGUGCUCCUUCUUGGAUAUUUUCUAAUAUUGUCACAGUGUUUUUCGACGUUUAAAUGAACACCACUACAAAUCAAAUUUUCUGCCACCAUUUCCUCUUUUGUACUUUUGUGCCCCGGGCUUAACCUGUGUUAGGUUGGUCUGGGUCUCUGUUUUAACCAAUCACAGGAGCUGUGGGGCUGCAAGGUCAGGUUUUCUAAAAAAAAAUGUUUGUAGUGUUUUCUUGUAGAUUUUAUGUCAGGUUACCCCAAAAUUGUAUCACAAAUGAAUGUGUGGCCAACAGCAACUUUUAUUAAGAUGGAAAAAAAAAAACAGCACAGACAGAGUUGAAAGUUUUCAGUGUUUUUUUUUUUUUAAUUUUUUUUUUUAAAGGCAGCUCCAUAAAGUCACUGCACGCAUAAGCAACUGAUGAUAAAUCUACGCCAGCUGAUUUUUAAACCAUCAGGGAUCUCGACAUUGUAACAUGUUACACGGAAAAACCAACAACAUGCUGCCCUCAGAUAUUCAUCUAAUUCACCGUCUACUACGGUCUUUACAGUUAUAUCUCAGGCUUUGUACUGCAGUUUGGCCAAACGAGACAGUUAAAGGUGAAUUAAAACCAGCACCAUUUUGUAUUCUAACUAAGUAAAAACUCUCUGGCAAAAAAAAAGAAACAACAACAAAAAAAAAACAACUUUAUAAAGAAACUAAUUUUGGAAAACCAACCAGCUGCCUCAUUGCUCCUUCUUAGCCAACCAAUGAUCACAGGUAGGUUUUUUUUUUUUUUUAUAUCUACAGUAGCAGCUUAAUUGUCUUGUGUCUCCCCAUACACAGCCACUCCUCCCCUGUGUAACACUGUUUAAAUAAAGGAUUGUUAUACUCUGAAA